AUGACGACGACGGCUGAGACUUCUAGCAAACCGAAGAAUGAGUAUCCCGGGCUUGGACUUCCUCUUCGUAACUGGGAAUGGCGAAACUACGGCUUCUAUCCCAUUGGCUCCCAUAGCAACUGCUAUGGAAGCGACUCGGAUAUCAUCACCGUUCGGGAGCUCGCUAUGAUGGACAUUAUGGAGAAGCUUACCGACAAAGUCGAUUGGCACAAGAAGGUGUUCGAUGACGCUAUCAUCGCUAAGUGGCGUAAGGAGGCCCUCUCCAUUCCCGAUGAUCACUUUUGGCAACUGGCCGUUGGUGCGAAGAGACAGCGUUGGACCCAUGACGAUAAUCGACUCGAGCUUCACAACGAUUGGUGCAAUCGCGAGUUGGAGAAUAUUCUAGACGAGGAUACAUUUAACACUUGUGUUCAAGAGCUUCGUAGCAAAGCCAAGUAUUUCGAGCAGUCGGGCAUUAUUCCAUCUCUGGAUGCGUGCGCCUCUGUGGCAAAAUCUGACACGCUUGUGACGAGCGAGCUACACGCAAGUCUGCGCAAGGCCUUUGACGAGCUGAAGUCGGACCACGCUGCUUCUCCUGACUGGCAUCCAAAUUCGGAUGAUAUGGUGCAGGAUCUAGUACAUCCAUCCAUGUAUCCAUUAGUGUACGGCCGAAGUUGUGGCUUUAGCGAAGAGCACGUCGGUGUGGCGAACGCCAUCGAGUGCUGGGCUGGCAAGGGCGAGAUCAUUCCACAAGAACCCCCUGUUGAACUUUCAGACAGCGACCGCUACACUAACAUUCCGCCUGAGUAUUGGUCGAAUACGUAUCAAUGGCUGCCAGCCAACGUCGCUUUCCAGAAUGAUGGCACUGUUAAAUUCACCAGCUACAUCAACAAUCUGCACCCUACGAAAUGUUCCGAAAUAUACCGUACCAUCGAGAAGCUGGUCGAAACAUCGCUACCUCUGUGGGAUCAGUGCUUGAGACUGGCAGUCGGCUAUCACAAGUUUGAAGGCGCCGGCCGUAUGGAUACCCGCACAGGUAAACCCGAUAACCCUGACGAUGAGAAUGAGGAGAACUGGAUUCCUGAUCAUAAGGAAGCGUGUGCUGAUGCAGAGGUCAGCGAAGAACAGUUGAGGGAUUAUGACUACGACCCUGAAUAUUACGAAACUGAGGAGGAGCGUGCAGAAGCUAUGUUGGAAGCCAAGUGGCAGGCUGUCCGCAAACCUCGCUUGCAUCCAAUUCCCUUCAAUAACGUAUCUUACAUCCCACAAUCAGGUAAGCGUCUUGCUGACAGGUAUCGCGAUUCGGGACUCCAGAUCAUUGUCAAGAUGGCGUCGAUCGAGCUCACGCCCGAGAAGCCUGAAUUUCCCGUAGGCGGAUGGCAUAUCGAGGGGCAAAUGAACGAGCACAUCUGCGCCACAGCUCUCUACUACUUGGACAGCGAGAACAUCACCGACAACAGCCUUUCGUUCCGUAUGCAGACUUCAUAUCACAUAAACGAUGACAAUGACUACCCCGUUGGACAAGGCGCCUAUCAUUGGAUGGAGGCGGUGUAUGGCACCAACUUGGGUGGCGGCGGCUCGCCAUGUUUGCAGAAUUAUGGAAACGUCCAGACGCGUCAAGGAAGGCUGUUGGCCUUUCCCAAUGUCUUCCAACACCGCGUUUCACCUUUCAAGCUCAUCGAUCCCACAAAGCCCGGUCAUCGUCGCUUCAUCGCACUAUGGCUUGUCGAUCCCACAAAACGCAUCAUCUCGACAGCAAACGUCCCACCUCAACAGAUGAACUGGUACGUCGAUUCGCUCCUUGGAUCGAACAACAGGGCACGUGGAGAAGCAUUGUCAAAGCUACCCCCAGAACUCAUAAACCUGUUCGCGGAGAAAGGAUUUGCUAGUGUCUCUGCAGCUAGAGAAGCUCAACUUCCUGAGGAGCUUAUGGACUUCGUGCGCAAAUAUUUCGAUGAUGGCAAGCACUCGCUUCCCAUGAGUUCUGAAGAAGCGAGUGAACAUCGUAAGAAGCUGAUGCGGGAAAGGAGCGCAUUCGUCCAGACCUCAGGAAAAGGAUGGCAGAGGCCAAGUUACAACUUCUGUGAACAUUGA